AUGCAUCAGCGAACUGAAAGCAUUCAACCGAGAAAGCAAAUACCUUCGUUAGAUGCGCAACUUUCAAUUCAAAGACGACGACGAAAGGAAUCAUUGCGACGCACAUGGACUCAUGGUUUACCAUCAUUAGCCACGAACACUGUUAAAAUGUUCGUUGCCACUUUGCAAAUAAAUAACCAAAUGGCUCAUGAAGCGCCGCUAGAAAACUACCAUCGAAUCAACGAAUUCGAGCAAAAUAGUUUAGAUAGUGAUGACGACGAUAUAUACAAUAUUGGACAAGAAGUUCAAGCACACAUUCCAGAUAUUGUUCUGAACAAUUUAAAUGAUUUGAUUGACCGCAAGGGUAACGUCAGAAUACCGAAUGAACAUACAUAUGAUAAUUCCACAUUAUUAUUUCUCGAUGUGUCGGGUUUUACUUCUUUAACUGAACAAUAUUCCAAUGAUGCACAUUUAGGUAUUGAUCAACUGACGCGAACAUUGAAUUCAUAUUUUGAUAAACUUGUCUAUGAAAUUUUGACACACGAUGGUGAUAUUUACAAGUUCGCAGGUGAUGCGAUACUUGCCAUGUGGACCAACGAACGUACAGGUCCUCAACAAGCUCUCAAAUGUGCCAUACAUUUACAACAAACUUGUGGUGCGUACGAGACUGAUGUUGGCGUUAUUUUACGCGUGAAAGUUGCGCUGGCUUACGGGCCAGUUCGUGCUCUAUUUGUUGGCACAGAAGACUUCAAGCAUUAUCUUUUAACUGGUGAUUGUAUCAAAAAUGUCAAUGUAUGUGAACAGUUAUGUGAGCCAGGUGAUGUGAUAAUAACGAAGUCAGUUUAUGAUAAAAUUGAUUCAACGUAUUUCAAUUGUGAUUUUGUGCCUGUGAGCGAGGAAAUUGAUCCUAAACAAGAACAUAUCGCGGUGAAAUAUUCUCAAUCCCGACGAUCGACAAUUGAUGAGCAAUCGCAGACCGAGGAUCAUAAUAGUGUAGCAACGGUCAUUCAAGAACGGAUGGAUAGUGCCAAUCAAGAGAUUACCAAUGAUGGAACGAGUAAACAAUCAUCUGAAAAUGAUCUAUCGGAUCAAGAACUUUAUUCACGAGUCAAUGCAUUAAUGAAAUCGUUUAUAUUACAUUGUGUUUAUCAACGUAUUGAACGUAAACAAUCAUUAGAUUAUCUAUCGGAACUACGUCGUGUUACCAUUUCAUUUAUAAAUCUGGAUAUAUCGAAUGAACAGACUGUUCUCGAUAAUAUCCAUGAAAACAUUCAUAAAGUUUUCGUACAGAUUUAUGAAUUAACUAAGAUGAUGGGCGGAGUUCUAACAAAAGCAUUGUUAUUCGACAAAGGUUGGUCGUUUCUGUGUGUGUUUGGUUUACCUGGGUACAAGCAAGGCGAUGAUACUGCGAAUGCGUUGAAAUCUGCUCAAAUGAUACACUCACAAAUUCCUGAACAAUGUCAUUUUGUCGAGAAAUGUUCCAUUGGGGUGACAACGGGAUUGACAUAUUGUGGGGUAGUCGGACAUCGUGCUCGUUGCGAAUAUACAGUCAUUGGUCGUAAAGUGAACAUGGCUGCGCGUUUAAUGUGUAAUUAUCCGAAUGUGGUCUCGUGCGAUCAAGAAACCUAUUACAAUUCACGAUUACAAAGUCGAUUCUUUCGAAUACUGCCUGAUAAAUGUUUAAAGGGAAUGAAUAACGUUGGAGCUAUUUGGCAUUAUAAUGAUGCACAUGCUCUGCCUCAAGCAAAUGAACAAACGAAAUCCAUCAAUCAUCAAAUAAACGAUGCUCGACAUGAGGACCUUCCAUUGCUAGGAAGAAGAGUCGAACUAAUGAUCGUGGCAACACAAAUCAUGUUACUCAAUGAAUCGGGAAAUACUAAGAGCCGCCGAAGAGAACUUGCAGCAAUCAUAUUUGAAGGGGAAGACAAAAUAGGUCGUACUCGUUUAUUACAAUUCAUAGCUGAUUCACUGGAAAAUUCUUCGAAUGUCACUGACACUUCCUUGUCUUCGUUCUAUAAUAACACUUACACGCCGAAUGAUUCAACAAUCAAUAACAACGCUCAUCGAAUAAUCAAUCAACAUUACGAUAACCAAGAUGGAACUGUUUCAUCCUUGAAACAAUACUCAAGUGAUUGUUCCGUGACUAAACAUCCGUCGAUUCAUGUGAUUAACUGUCGUUGCCAAUUCGAACAACGUUUUAAUGAAUUUAGUCUACUUCGAUCGUUACUGAGCCAAUUAUUACAAUUUCAUAGCAGCGAAAAAACUCAACACGAUCGAGAACAACAUCUCUUACGUUUGUUUGAUAUCAACAAAUCGCAUGAUUUACAUAUGAGACGGAAUCUGUUCCUAUUAAAUGAUCUAUUCGAUGUUCGGUUUCAUCAUAAUCUAAUUGAAGUCGAAGACGACCAAGAUACAAACUUUGUGAAAUGCUACGAAGCCAAUAUCAAUGAAUUACUGUUACAUAUCCUAAACAAACUCAUCGAUCAACCUAGUGCGAUAUCUGAUUUAUAUUCGCCCAACUCCACGAUAAACUCCAUGAAUUCACGUCCACUUUACUUAAAAUCUCGUGCUUCAUCAAGUUCAGUAGGAAGUCUAACUUCGCAGAUAACAAUUCCAACAUUUUCGAAGAUCAUAUUCAUCAUUGAUGAUAUUCACUUUGCUGAUGAAAGUUCAUUGAAACAUUUGCUCACAUUAGGUAGCCAUCGUAAAAGUCUCUUAAUUCUCUCGAUGAAACCACCGAGGAAUAAUAAUAACGACCGAACAAAUUGUAAUAUUCUACAAUCAAUCACAACUGAUUCACGUGUUUAUCUUCGACGAUUGCCUGGAUUAGAAUUGCGCCAUUUAGCUACGCUUGGUUGCCAAAUUUUAUCUGUGCACCGUCUACCGGAAAAGCUUGUUAGAGUAUUCAACGAAAGUUGCAAUGGGAUUCCGGGCUUUUGCGAACAAAUCUUAUACGAUUUCUUGGGUAAAGAUAAAAUUUACAUUACGGAGGGUACAAACGUUAAGGAUCAAGGUGUCGAUUUAGUCGAAGGUGAUGCCGAUAGACUUUGUGUCAAUCAUUCGCUAAGGCAUAGUCUUGUUAAAUCCAUUUUUUCUCGUCGAAAAGGGAUUGUUACUCCGGAGAGACGGAAAACAGAGCCGAUCUUUUCUCGAGUUUGUUUACUACGAAAUCUCACCGAUGAAGAUUUUAAUGCUGAUUGCCAACAAAAUUUUCAAAACUACAUCAUGUGUCGCAUCGAUCGGUUAUCCGAAGGUGAAAUACUCCUUGUCAAAACAGCAGCAGUUAUCGGCAAUACAUUUUCGCGAACAUUUCUCUGGCAUUUAGUUGACCCGCCAUCGAAAGCACUAAUCAACAUAAAUUCAUGUAUAUUAGAAAUGAUGCAAAGGAAUGUUAUUGAAUGUGCUCAUUGUACCGAACAGUCGGUUAAGACACGUUCGAUUAAAUGUUAUUGUUUACAGAAUCCAGGUAAUUUCCCGUCGCAAUGUCGUCUUAUGGCAUUUACACAUUCCACGGUACGAGAAGGCAUUUAUAAUUCCUUAACGGAUACAUUGAAGCGUACGCUGACACGGAACGCGAUUGAUUAUUUGGAAAAACAAGCGACUAUUGUUUGUUCAGCAUGUGGAAGGAGUAAAAACGAAAGUCCAUUUCUUGUGUAUGAACAUACUGGCCUGGCAAAAUUUAUCAAAAAUCGACAACAACCGGCAUUUGCUGAUAUCGUGAAAUCGGCUGCAUUGAAAGAAAUCGAUGAUAUGAUCAAGGAGAUAUCCAGACAAAUCGAAUCGUCCGAACGAGCACAAUCUGGCCGACCGAUGGAAUCAAUGUCAGUGCCAAAUGCGAAUUCCAGUGUUAAUAAUGAGAAAACAAAACGAUGGUUUAGUAUCGACGUGAAUAACAUUCAGUCAAUACCAUUAAAAUCGCCGGUAGUUUUAGAACCAGUUAAGAUUGACGAAGAUUUUCCGAACGAAGUCAUCGGCACACAAGUAUUUGAACCGACAGAUGAACAACAAAAUGCAAACUUAACACUAAUUAGUCUCUAUUCACCGGACGCACCAUCCAAUAUUCAAUUUAAAGUGAAACGCACUACAUCAACCACAUCAUCACAAGCGAGUCAAUUGUUUUCGCUAUUCAAACUACCCAAUCGACAUAGUACAGAUGAGACGAAAUCAACAUCUGAAGUAUUUAAGACAGUCCAUGGCUCCUUGAAAGACGAUCGUACGAAUAAGACGGAUAGCAUCGUCGAAGCAUCAAAGCAAAAGAGAUCCGAUCGGUCAAAUCGAUUUAUUACAUUCAUUCGAUAUCUGUUUUGUCAGUUUACGCCAAUUAGUUCGAAUGUAACGAUAGCACCAUCAAUCGACGACCAAGCAAUGGAUCAUAACAAUGAUUUAUCAGUCACUAAAUCUGAAGAGACUCAUUCUCAGGAAAAUGAGAAUCGAAGCGAUGAUUAUUUUUCUUACUGGAAGAAAGUUCGCAAAGCAAUAUUACCAACUAUCAAUAAAAUUCAUCGACCAUUACCUUCCGAAGACGAAUUACUCGCUCAGCCAAUGUUUUCGUCUGACUUAACAGACAAAAUCAAUGCUAAUCUAAGUCGUCUACAUACUGAAGAACAUUUAACCCGAUCAUUCGAAAUUCUCUACGAUCAAUCUCUUUCAUUCUAUACCUUCCAAUCCUUUACUCAAUAUAACAAGCUACUUCAACAUGUCUAUGAAUCAAAACCGCAAAUGGAAGAAGAACAGGAUUUAAAUGACUCUCUCAGUGAAUCUACGGUAUAUAACGAUCUACGUAUAUGUGAAUGUAUUGAUUAUGUCAUGACGGUUUACCUGAAACUCGUGGAAUAUCAUACAAAUCUUUAUGAAAUCUAUCAUAAAGCAUCGGACGACAAACGUGACUGUUCAUAUUGGAAACAAUUCGAUCGUAUUAUGUAUUAUCGGAUAGAAAUCUGUCGAUUGUUAUUGAACUGUAAUUAUUUACAACGCUUAAUGGUUGAAGUUGAAAAUGGGCGGCGAUUUUUAGAAAAAUUCCAAAGUGAUACACAAAACACUGCAGAUUUUACGUACGAAUAUCAUUCGAUCAUUGUCAAACAUACGUUCAAUCUAUUCGAAGCUGUAGUUCUACAACGCACAAAGGUUGUGAAUGAUUCCAAACAAAUCUGUGAUGACAAUCUGAAAGAGUUGAACAAAGCUUAUAAGGAUAAAAUUUGGGAAAAAUUAAUCUCAAACAAUCAAGAAGAAGAAUCAUCAUCCGCCACGGAAAAACGACAUCAGUAUGAACAUAGUAAAGAUAAUCAUUCAAAACACUCCCUUGAUAUCAAUCAAUCAACAACAAUCAAUUCCGAUCAAUUCAUACUUUUCAAGGGCAAAUAUAAUCUUGAAUACCUCCUAUGUCUAUAUAAUCUUCUGGAGUAUGAAUUAUCACACCGUCGAUCAACAGAGUCAAUUCACACAUUGCUCGACUUACAAUAUCAUAUAUUUCCAUUAUCAUUUUCUCUUUCAUGUACAAUCAUUCUUGUGGAAUACUUCUAUUCUCAAAAUGACUAUCAGCAAUGUUUAACAUUAAUCGACCGAAUCAUUCAGUUCUGGUGGCCAUUUAUCACUCCGCAAGAAAAACUCGAAUUUGCCAAAUUGAAAUCUUUGAAACUGAUCGUUGAGUUAAAACACGGCUCGAUCGAUUCUGCGAUUUCCUCGGGCUACUUUGCCAAACGUCUCCUAACGAAUUAUCACGAAAACACGUUCCUUUUCGAAACAUGUACCUACUUAACAUUAGCAUCGAUUGGCGAAAUGCGCAUGUCAAAUAUCGAUUUGAUUCUACAACAUUUAGAAUACUUAAGUGAACAAACAAUGAAUUGUUACGGAAAACUCUGGUAUUAUACAUUAGUUAUUGAUGCGGCAAUGGAACUUGGUUAUGAAAUAAUACCGAUAACAGCAGAGAUUCUGCAGAACAUCACAACUUAUCGUCGGAAGCUAUUUCCAGGCCCGAAUGGAAGAAAUCUUCUACUUUUCUAUUGCGACUGUACGUUAGCACAAGUCUAUGCUCGGUUAGGUCUGUUAAACCCAUCGAAAGUGCAUUUUCAUCAAGCAUUAUUUCAAAUCGAAUACGAUCAUAUGAACUUAUCGAGUACAGAUUUUCGUUUUCAACGUGCGCUAUUAAAAUUAAUUGAAGUACAAUUAAUACAUUGGUAUUACACAAACGAUACAGACGAUAAUUUCACAAAAGAUAAUUUCAUAUUGAACUACAUAAAUGAAAGCAAUAAUGAAGAAUUUCUAUCAUGGAAUAAAACGAGAUAUUUGAUCUACCAAGCGUAUUACGAUCGAUUAAUCAAUGAUUACCGAAGACAAAACAAACUUUCCAUAGAUAAUGAUCUUCAUUGGGAAAAAAGCUUACGCGAAGCAGAGAAAACUGCUGUUAAACUCGAUUCACAAUGGAUUGAUUGUUUGCGUCAUGCAUGGUCACAUUCAGUUUCGGAACAAAUUCCAAUGAAAUUGACACAAGUUUCAUCGAUUAAAUCACUUCGUCGACCAACCGUAGUCGGAACAAAACAGUCAACUCGGCGUGUUGUUCGACCGACAGUAGUCCUCAAUCGCAUAUCAUCGAAGAAUGAAAUCAAUGGAGACAGCACUGCCGAUGAACAAUCAGCAACCGUCGGUAGUUAUUCUCAUCAAGCAUUUCUCAAUUGGCGUUCAUUUUCGAAUAAUACCACUAAUAAGAAUUCGCCAUAUUUCCAGCUCUACAUACUUCCGGUGAAAGUGUAA